AUCAAUUAAUAAUUCAGUCAUCACUAUACAACGGUAACCAACAAAAACUUUCUCUUUAUAUCACUCUCUUCAUCAUCACUUUUCCAUAACUCUCUUCUCUCUCUCUCUAUGUAUAGUACUUGUUAAUUAGUCAUGAAGCUUCUUCGAAAACAUAUUUGCAUCUUCUUGUUUCUUUUUAGUUUAAUUUCAUGUUCACAAGGCUAUACGUUUUAUGCUGGUGGAAAAGAUGGAUGGGUUUUGAACCCUUCUGAAAGUUACAAUCAAUGGACUGCGAGGAAUAGGUUCCAAGUCAAUGAUAUUCUAGUUUUUAAGUACAAGAAGGAGUCAAACUCAGUGUUGGUGGUGAACAAAGAGGAUUAUGAUGAGUGCAAUAAGAAGAAUCCGAUCAAGAAAUUUGAAGAUGGUGAUUCUGAGUUUCAAUUUGAUAGAUCUGGUCCCUUUUAUUUCAUUAGUGGAAAAGAUCAUAAUUGUGAAAAUGGUCAAAAAUUGAUUGUUGUGGUGUUGGCUGUGAGAGAACCUCCUCCUUAUGUGUCUACUCCUCCUCCCAAGCUUCUUCCUACACCUCCUUAUGUUCCAAUUACACCUCCCAAAACACCUUCUCCUGUUUAUAGUCCUCCCAAAAGUACUCCUUCACCUGGAAAUGAACCACCAUAUAUACCAAUUACACCCCCUAAAACUCCUUCUCCUAUUCACACUCCUCCUAAUGUUCCUUAUACUCCUCCAAAAGCACCUUCUCCUGGAAAUGAACCACCCUAUACACCAAUUACACCUCCAAAAACACCUUCUCCUACUCACACUCCUCCUAAUGUUCCAUAUACUCCUCCAAAAUCAGCUUCUCCUAUUCACACUCCUCCUAAUGUUCCAUAUACUCCUCCAAAAUCAGCUUCUCCUAUUCACACUCCUCCUAAUGCUCCAUAUACUCCACCAAAAGCACAUUCCCCUGGAAAUCAACCACCCUAUGUACCAAUCACACCACCAAACACUCCUUCUCCUAUUUACACCCCUCCAAAUCAUCCCCAUACUCCUCCAAAAGCACCUUCCCCUAGCAAUCAACCACCCUAUGUACCAAUUACACCACCAAACACUCCCUCUCCUAUCCACACCCCUCCAAAUCACCCUUACACUCCUCCAAAAGCCCCUUCCCCUAAAAAUGAACCACCAUAUACACCAACUCCUCCCAAAACGCCUUCUCCUAUCUCUCAACCACCUUAUGUACCAAUUACACCACCAAAAUCUCCUUCUCCUAGUGUUCCUUACACACCUCCAAAAUCUCCUUCUCCUAGUGUUCCUUACACACCUCCAACUACUCCUUCCCCUAGCAACCACCCUCCAAAAAACCCUUCUCCAAUUUCUCAACCUCCAUAUGUUCCAACACCACCAAACACUCCUUCUCCAACAUCAUCACAAGCACCUUAUAUUCAAACACCUCCAAAAAACGCUUCUCCAACAUCACAACCUCCAUACAUUCAAACACCACCAAACACUUCUUCACCAAGAUCACAACCACCAUACAUUCAAACACCUCCAAACUCUCCUUCUUCACCAACAUCACAACCACCAUACAUUCAAACACCUUCAAACUCUCCUUCUUCACCAACAUCACAACCACCAUACGUUUCAGCCCCUCCAAAAAGUACUCCAUCUCCAUCUUCUCAAACACCUCCAGGUGCUCCUUCACCAAUCUCACAACCACCUUACAUUCAUACUCCACCAACCACCUCUUCUCCAUCAUCUUCCCAAUCACCUCAAAUAUCCUCUCAGCCUCCAUCGACAGCACAAACACCCUCUGGAAAUGGAAUAGCACCAUCUCCACUAUCUCCAUACCCUUCAAACAACUCACCCUCACCAUCAAUUUCACCGGCAUCAACCUCUACUUCACCUCCAGCUCCCGCUCCAGCAAACUCGCCAAUAUCAACCACUACAUCACCUCCUGCUCCCACUCCCGUAGGUUCGCCGGUGUCAACCACUACUCCAACAGCAUCUCCUACAGGUUCCCUCCCGGCAGCAACAACUCCGUCACCUUCAUCCACUGCUCCUGGAACACGAGGAACACCGUCAUCUACCACAACAGGAAGUCCAUCACCGACAUCAUCGAAUGAAACGGCGCCAGGGAGGUCAAGCGGAGUGUCGUAUGCGAGUCCGUCGGGGGUAUGGGGUUACUCCAUUACAAUUUUGGUCGGUGCUGCACUCACGAGUACUAUUCUAGGAUAGAAAAAUCGUAUCGUACUAUUUUACUUUUCAUUUUUCAUAUAUAUAAUUGGUGAGCAUUUUUGUUUUGUAAGUGUUGCUGGACAUAAUUAAGAGAGAUAUCUAUCUCAGAACUAGUUUUUAUGUAUAAUAUGUGUACUUUAUAAAUUUACAAAGGUGUCUUGGAGUUCAA